UGGGCGGUGGGUCCGCGCAGCAGCCCCGCCGCGGCUCGGCCACCAUCGCCGAGGCGCCGCUGCUCCCACAGACGCUCGCGAGUAGCCCCCGGCGCUCCCAGCCUCCUCUUCCUCCAGCACGCCCGAGACGCUCUUUCGGCUCGGGUCUCGCCCCAUCCCUCGCCUCCGCCUCCCUGGUUCUCUCUUUUAGCUCGCUUCCCACAUUGUGUCUGCCCCAUUUGCUCUCCGAGUUGAGGAGGAAAAAAAUCCUCCUCUUCCUCCUCCUCGAGGAGCCCCUCGCCCUCAGAAAAACAAAAAGCAGACAUGAGCCUGGGCUCCCGCUCCUAAAGGAUCGGCCGAGCUAGGGCCAGGGAGCCGAGCGGAGAGCGCACCAAAGGUCAGGGAGGGCAGCCCCGUAGCCCCCGGCUCUGUGCCCGCGGCCCGGCCCCUCCUCGGCGGCCCCUAGCCCCGCAGGCCUCCCUCCAGAGCCCCCAGCCCCUCCACUUUCCCGGGAGCCGGCCGCACACACCUUCAUUGAUGGUGUAGCGCAUUCGGGGAAGCAUUUUUGAAACGUUGGGGUUGUUGGAGUGGUUGGAUUUUUCCUGGAAUUGAGUGAGAAAUUCAGAAGACUGAAGCCCAGGCUUACUGUCUACCUUUCACGGAGGCCUAGCCGUGAGAGGACAGAAGAAGGCACGUGGCGAAUCAUGACAGCUGACAAAGACAAAGACAAAGACAAAGAGAAGGACCGGGACAGAGAUCGUGACCGAGAAAGAGAUAAAAGAGACAAAACAAGAGAGAGUGAGAAUUCAAGACCACGCAGGAGCUGUACCUUAGAGGGAGGAGCCAAAAAUUAUGCUGAGAGUGAUCAUAGUGAAGAUGAGGACAAUGACAAUAAUAGUGCCACAACGGAGGAGUCCACAAAGAAGAACAAAAAGAAACCACCGAAAAAAAAGUCUCGUUAUGAAAGGACAGAUACUGGUGAGAUAACAUCCUACAUCACUGAGGAUGAUGUUAUCUACAGACCAGGAGACUGUGUGUAUAUCGAGAGUCGGAGGCCAAACACACCAUAUUUCAUCUGUAGCAUUCAAGACUUCAAACUGGUCCACAACUCCCAGGCCUGUUGCAGAUCUCCAACUCCUGCUUUGUGUGACCCCCCGGCAUGCUCUCUGCCGGUGGCAUCACAGCCACCACAACAUCUUUCUGAAGCCGGGAGAGGGCCUGUAGGGGACAGAGAGAAAUCAAGAGAAGAUGGGAAGACAAAGAGAGGGAGAGAAAGACCCCUGCGGACCUGCUUCACCGCCUGUGAAGCGAAAUCCCGGCAGAGUAAGAGAGAUCAUCUACUCAUGAACGUCAAAUGGUACUACCGUCAAUCUGAAGUUCCAGAUUCUGUGUAUCAACAUUUGGUUCAGGAUCGACAUAAUGAAAAUGACUCUGGAAGAGAACUUGUCAUAACAGAUCCAGUUAUCAAGAACCGAGAACUCUUCAUUUCCGAUUAUGUUGACACUUACCAUGCUGCUGCUCUUAGAGGAAAGUGUAACAUCUCCCAUUUUUCUGACAUAUUUGCUGCUAGAGAAUUUAAAGCUCGAGUGGAUUCAUUUUUCUACAUAUUAGGCUACAAUCCUGAGACAAGGAGGCUGAACAGCACCCAGGGGGAAAUUCGUGUUGGUCCUAGUCAUCAGGCCAAACUUCCAGAUUUGCAACCAUUUCCUUCUCCUGAUGGUGAUACUGUGACCCAGCAUGAGGAACUGGUCUGGAUGCCUGGAGUUAAUGACUGUGAUCUCCUCAUGUACUUGAGGGCAGCAAGGAGCAUGGCAGCAUUUGCAGGAAUGUGUGAUGGAGGUUCCACAGAAGAUGGCUGUGUUGCAGCAUCUCGAGAUGAUACCACCCUCAAUGCACUGAACACACUACAUGAAAGCAGUUAUGAUGCUGGCAAAGCCCUGCAGCGCCUGGUAAAGAAGCCUGUACCCAAGCUGAUCGAGAAGUGCUGGACUGAGGAUGAAGUGAAACGCUUCGUUAAGGGGCUCAGGCAGUACGGCAAGAACUUCUUCAGAAUUAGAAAGGAGCUGCUUCCCAAUAAGGAAACAGGAGAACUAAUUACCUUCUAUUACUAUUGGAAGAAAACCCCUGAAGCAGCCAGCUCCAGAGCCCAUCGCAGGCACCGCAGGCAAGCCGUGUUCAGAAGGAUUAAGACUCGCACCGCAUCCACACCUGUCAACACCCCCUCCAGACCUCCCUCCAGUGAAUUCUUGGAUCUGAGUUCUGCCAGCGAGGAUGACUUUGACAGUGAGGACAGUGAGCAAGAGCUGAAGGGGUACGCCUGCCGCCACUGCUUCACCACUACCUCCAAAGACUGGCACCACGGGGGCCGGGAGAACAUCCUGCUGUGCACAGACUGCCGUAUCCACUUCAAGAAGUACGGUGAACUUCCUCCCAUCGAGAAGCCUGUGGAUCCCCCACCAUUUAUGUUCAAACCUGUCAAAGAGGAAGAUGAUGGGCUCAGUGGGAAGCAUAGCAUGAGGACUCGGCGGAGUCGAGGCUCGAUGUCUACACUGCGUAGUGGUCGAAAGAAGCAGCCAGCCAGCCCUGAUGGUCGUGCAUCACCCAUCAAUGAAGAUAUCCGCACCAGUGGCCGGAACUCCCCUAGCGCUGCCAGCACUUCCAGCAAUGACAGUAAAGCAGAGACCGUGAAGAAAUCGACCAAGAAGGUGAAGGAGGAGGCCUCUUCCCCUCUGAAGAGCACCAAGCGCCAGCGGGAGAAGGUCACCUCUGACACUGAGGAGGCCGACAGGACCAGCUCCAAGAAGACAAAAACCCAGGAGAUCAGCCGGCCUAACUCACCCUCUGAAGGCGAAGGAGAGAGUUCCGACAGCCGCAGUGUCAAUGAUGAGGGCAGCAGUGACCCCAAAGACAUCGACCAGGACAAUCGCAGUACAUCUCCCAGCAUCCCCAGUCCCCAGGACAACGAGAGUGACUCAGACUCCUCAGCUCAGCAGCAGAUGCUACAGGCCCCGCCCUCAGCCUUACAGGCUCCCAGUGGGGCUCCCCCAGCUACCCCCAUGGGCCCACAGAGUACACCCCAACUUCCCACACCAGGACCCCCACCUUCUGCUUCUGUUGUUCCACCACAAGGCUCCCCCUCAGGCUCCCAGCCCCCCAAUCAGCCACAGGCUCCAACAGCUCCUGCUCCCCACACCCACAUUCAGCAAGCACCCACCCUACACACACAGCAGUUGCCUUCCCCACACCCUCCCCUUCAGCCUCUGACGGGGCCAGCUAACCAAACCCCAGCCCCACCUCAUGCCCAGCCACCCCUGCACAAUCAGGGCCCACCUGGUCCCCAUAGCCUGCAGGCUGGACCCCUACUACAGCACCCAGGCCCCCCACAGCCCUUUGGACUCCCUCCCCAGGCCUCUCAGGCCACUGCUCACCCUCACUCUUCCCUGCAACCACCAGCCUCGCAGUCUGCACUGCAGCCCCAGCAGCCUCCACGGGAGCAGCCCUUGCCACCUGCACCCUUGGCUAUGCCACACAUCAAGCCCCCACCCACCACACCCAUCCCCCAGUUGCCAGCACCACAGACUCACAAGCACCCUCCUCAUCUCUCGGGGCCCUCACCCUUUUCCAUGAAUGCUAACCUUCCCCCUCCUCCUGCCUUGAAACCCCUGAGCUCCCUGUCCACACAUCAUCCCCCAUCAGCCCACCCUCCACCCCUGCAGCUCAUGCCUCAGAGCCAGCCUUUGCCCUCCUCUCCUGCCCAGCCCCCUGUGUUGACCCAGAGCCAGAGCCUCCCCCCUACUACACCUUCUCACCCCCCAGCAGGCCUCCACCAGGUGCCUCCCCAGCCUCCAUUCACUCAGCACCCUUUUGUCCCUGGAGCCCCCCCUCCCAUCACCCCUCCAACAUGCCCCUCCACAUCCACCCCACCUGCUGGACCUGGGCCCUCAGCCCAGCCACCCUGUUCUGCUACUGUUUCCUCGGGAAGCAGCAUUUCUGGAGGAGCAACCUGCCCGCUUCCCACUGUCCAGAUCAAGGAAGAGGCUCUGGAUGAUACUGAGGAGCCAGAGAGCCCCCCUCCUCCACCUAGGAGUCCUUCCCCUGAACCUACCGUGGUGGACACCCCUAGCCAUGCCAGCCAGUCAGCCAGGUUCUACAAGCACCUGGACCGGGGUUACAACUCAUGUGCACGCACAGACCUGUACUUCAUGCCUCUGGUGGGAUCCAAACUGGCCAAGAAGAGGGAGGAGGCCAUUGAAAAGGCCAAACGUGAGGCUGAGCAGAAGGCCCGAGAGGAGCGGGAGAAGGAGAAGGAGAAGGAGCGAGAACGGGAACGGGAGCGCGAGCGUGAGGCAGAGCGAGCGGCUCAGAAGGCAUCCAGCUCAGCACAUGAAGGGCGUCUCAGCGACCCCCAGCUCAGUGGACCUGGCCACAUGCGGCCAUCCUUUGAGCCACCACCGACCACCAUUGCUGCUGUGCCUCCAUACAUAGGGCCCGACACGCCUGCCCUUCGGACUCUGAGCGAGUAUGCUCGACCUCAUGUCAUGUCACCGACCAACCGUAACCAUCCUUUCUACAUGCCCCUCAACCCCACUGACCCCCUGCUGACUUACCACAUGCCUGGCCUCUACAAUGUUGAUCCCACCAUUCGAGAGCGGGAGCUCCGUGAGCGAGAGAUCCGAGAGCGGGAGAUCCGAGAGCGGGAGCUCCGGGAAAGGAUGAAGCCAGGCUUUGAGGUGAAGCCCCCGGAGCUAGACCCCCUGCACCCGGCCGCCAACCCCAUGGAGCACUUCGCCCGGCAUAGCGCCCUCACCAUCCCUCCCACUGCCGGCCCCCACCCUUUUGCUUCUUUCCACCCGGGCCUGAACCCUUUGGAGAGGGAGAGACUGGCCCUAGCAGGCCCCCAGCUACGGCCUGAGAUGAGCUACCCGGAUAGACUGGCAGCCGAGCGCAUUCAUGCUGAGCGCAUGGCCUCACUGACCAGCGACCCCCUGGCCCGCCUGCAGAUGUUCAACGUGACUCCCCACCAUCACCAGCACUCCCACAUCCACUCGCACCUCCACCUCCACCAGCAGGACCCCCUCCACCAAGGUUCAGCAGGUCCAGUUCACCCACUGGUUGACCCUCUGACUGCUGGUCCUCAUCUGGCUCGAUUCCCCUACCCACCUGGCACUCUCCCCAAUCCUCUGCUUGGACAGCCCCCCCAUGAGCAUGAGAUGCUUCGCCAUCCUGUUUUUGGAACCCCCUACCCCCGAGACCUGCCCGGGGCUAUCCCACCCCCGAUGUCAGCAGCACAUCAGCUGCAGGCCAUGCAUGCCCAGUCUGCAGAGCUUCAGAGACUGGCCAUGGAGCAACAGUGGCUGCAUGGACACCCCCACAUGCACGGUGGCCACCUACCCAGUCAGGAGGAUUAUUACAGUCGACUGAAGAAAGAAGGUGACAAGCAGUUAUAAGUUAUUUAUUUCUUAUUGCUGGCUGUGGAAACCCCAGUUAUUGGGGGGAAACAGGACUUUUUACAUACAAUAGAAGCUGCAAAAGCAAAAAGAAUAUCUUCUAAAGAUUUCUUUAUAUAUUUAAAAAGCCCACAACUAAAAAUGUAUCACCAUAAUAGUGUUUGUUUGUAGAGAGGAUUCCUUGAGACUGGUUUGGGUCUCCCUGCAUGACAGUCCCCCAGAAACUUAGUCCUGGACUGGACUGAACAUUCAGAAAACUCCCUACAAUCUUGGGGUUUGGCUUUCAUUUUCUUUUCAUUCUUUGAUUUCUCUGUAGGUGCUAGAAUCCAGUUAAUACUGUCCACUGUGCGUGCAGACACACUCAGUUAUGUGUGUUCCAAAACCCACAGGGUUUGCAGCUAGGCAGCAUAUGCGUGUGGAAUCCAAGAGCUGUAAUUUUUAAAAGAUCUUUUAUUUUAAUACAUUGUAGGAAAUCUUCUUAAUUUGAGAAAGUUCUACAGCAUGUCUGUAAAUAAAUGGUUUUAGAGCAGCCUUUUUUUUUCCUUCCACAAACUACUAUUUUUUCCAGCCAUGUCACUUAAUUGUGAAUUCUUACCAGCUACUGACAGAAUACAGAGUUGAUUUUUUAAUAAAAAGUUAUAUAUAAUUAUCCCUUUAAUUAAAGGGGACAGGUGGUCGUUACAAAUUAGAAAUGGACAAAAGCUUGGGACUAGGUUUGAAUGCAGCAGUGAGCAUCCAGGGGUUACAGGGACUUUUUUACAAACUUUGUUUUGUUGCUUUGAUUUUUUGCUUCUGUUUGUUCUUUGCUUGUGCUUUGCCAGUGGUACAGACAUGUAUCAGAUUGAAUUCCUCUCAUCUUGCACCAAGAGUGCAGGAAUUAAAUGUUCUGUCUCUGCAGGAUAGAAAGCACAUGUUUUUGUGUGUCUGAUUGUAGAUUUCUGUGCACAUACAUUUGAUCGUUCUAGAUGGACUACCUUUUUAAUUUUAUUUUGUCUUUCUCUAAUUUCUCUGCUCCCUCCUUCCUUCCUUUCUUCUUUCCUUCCUUCCUUCCUUUCUUUCUUCCUUUCUUUCUUUCAUUCAUUUCUUUCUGACAGUUUCAUUGGUUCCCUAACCACAUAUGCUUGCCAAAGGAGUCUGUUAGAAAUCUGCCCUGUUGUAUGUGUGUCAUCAUUUGAACCUUGUGAUGAGGCCAGGCCAUCUGCUACAGACUUAGGCUGCUUUCAAGUGAGGUAAAAGCAAGGGAAUCCCUGGUGUUGGCACUGUGGUGGUCUGCCCACCCCAGAGCAGAACCAUGCCUGGCGACCCAUAUGAGACAAGGCAACCCUUUAAGGUCCCAUCUCUAUCCUGGAAGUAGGAAUAAAGGCUUUCCUGCAUUUCCUAAGUUGCAGACAUGAUGCUCUUUCUCCAGAGCAGAGGGUGGGGAAAUUCUGGGGCUGUCUGCACAUCUUGAUCAAGCCUUCUGUCAGGAUGUGACUGUUUCUGUGUAGUGGUCACAUCCAAACUGUGUCAGAUGACAAGAGAGAACACUUUGGGGUCUGUAGAUCUAAAUGUGUCUCAUACUGAGUGACUUGGGCAUAGGAAGACACUGGCACUUUUGACCCAGAAACCAGCAGGUAUUAGCUCAGAUUCAGGUUUUCAGAUCCAAACCUGCAUCUGAGCCAUUUCCAGAUAGAGGGUUGUUUUAUCUGUCAAAAUAAUUGUUUUUCUCUUUUGUUUUCUCUUUCCAUUUCUGCCUUAACUUUAACUCCUUUAGAGGGGAGGCAAGUUCAUAUGAACCCUUUGUUAUCAAAUUCAUGGCCACCUUGACAGGAGGCCUUUAUUUUUUGAGGGAAUGGUGGUAUGCUCUCCUGUAGGCUUUGGGCUCUGAGUAAGGCCUCAUCAUGAUGACCUCUGACCUCUGCCUCCUUAUCUGAUGCCACCAACCUUCUCUCCCAGAUCUUAUUUUCUGCUAGUCUUUCAGUUAAACUGUAUUUAUCUCCUUUUGCUAGCAUCCAUUUUUUUCCAAAGAAGAGUGAAGUACUUGGAAGUUUGUACUUGAAAGCUGUCUGAAGGUGUUUUCCUGUUCUGUUUUGGUUUUCUCCCCCAUCCCAAGGUAAAGCACUGAGACUUUUCCAUUUAAAAACCCGCAGCCUGAAACCCUCACCUGGUUUGUUGAGGAGGCCCUCGACCUUAACACUAACCCCCUGGUUUCCUUUUAGAUUUUCCUCCCUUUCAUCUGAAGUUUUGGUUUUGCUUUCCUAUGUUUUGUAUCUUGUUCAAUGUUGUCAAGGUUGAGCUUCACUUUUCACUGCAGCAGCAGCAGAGCAGAGUGUACAUUCUGAUUUGCUACAUUUAUAUAUAUAUAUAUCUUGAAGCUAAAUGUAUAUAUGAGUAGUUUGCCAUGAGAUAACACAGUGUAAACAGUAGACACCCAGAAAUCGUGACUUCUGUGUUCUCUCCAUUUGAGUAUUUUGUAAUUUUUUUGAAAUAUUUGUGGACAUAAAUAAAACCAAGCUACACUACAAGAA